GCUUUCUUCAUAGUCGUCAUGACGAUGAUGAUCCCGCUCGAACGAUGGCUCGACAAGACGCGCAAGCUUCUCCAGAUGGAGCGAGAGGCGGAGAUCAGCCAGGCGAAGCUCGAGAAUGACACGCUACCGGCGACGUCCAACCCGAACGUCCUCCUGCGCUUGUUUAUGACGUCCGCGUCCACGGGUCUCUUUGGCCGUACGGUGCUGGUGCUCAAGCACAAUCAUGGCCGCGAGUUCGGCGCGCAUCACUUCAGUGUCGGGGACUUGGUGUCGAUGUGCAUUCCGACGGCUUCUUUGACUCCAACAAAUGCAGACGGGUUCCCCAAGGGCAUCGUGACCAAGGUCGAUGACAACAGUAUCUCGGUAGCGUUUGAAGACCUCGAGGAUAGCGACGGCUAUCACAACGAACCCAUUCGCUUGGAUCGACUGGUGAACGAUGCAACGUAUCGAAAACUCAACGACGCGCUGGACGAGCUCGCCAAGUUCUCGGACGGACCUGCCCAACACAUCGUCAACGUCAUCUUUCACGGGGCCGCUCCAACGUCCAACCCGCUUCCCGCCAUUCUCGACGUCACGAACCCUCCAUCGUCCAUGAAUGCAUCCCAAGUAGAUGCCAUUCAGUUCGCAUUAGCGUCCAAGGACGUCGCGCUGAUCCACGGUCCUCCAGGCACGGGGAAGACGACGACGCUGGUCGAGUUCAUCCGGCAAUGUGUGCGCACGUACAAGAUGAAGGUGCUGGUGUGUGCGCCAUCCAACGUUGCCGUGGACAACAUAUUGGCCAAAAUGGCAGCCGCGGAAUCGGCGAAGAGGCGGAAGGCGGGCCUGCGGAUGACGCGGGUGGGUCAUCCCGCGCGGCUGCUUCCGGCGGUGCUCAAAUACUGUCUGGACGCCAAGAUCGCGGCGGCGGAGGGCACGCAGAUCAUCGCGGACAUCCGAAAGGAACUGGGUACCCUCAAAGCCACCAAAGCCACGUUUCAGAAUGUGCGACAGGAGCGGAAAGCUCUGCGGAAGGAGAUUCGGGAGCGCGAGCAAAACGUCGUCGCAGAUAUCAUCCAACAUAGCGAUGUGGUGUUUGCCACGAACGCGGGCGCGGCGACCAAGUUGCUGCGAAACGUGGUGUUUGAUGUGGUCGUGAUCGACGAGGCGGCGCAGGCGCUGGAAGCGAGUUGUUGGAUCCCCCUCCUCCGGGCACGGCGGUGCGUGUUGGCCGGCGACCACCACCAGCUGCCCCCGACCAUCCAGAGCGAAAGUGCAAAGAGACAAGGGCUGGGGCUGACUCUGUUUGACCGUGUCACACAGAUGGAGCACUCGAAGUGCGUCGUGCGGAUGCUCUCGACACAGUAUCGCAUGCACCGUGCUAUUUCCGACUGGUCGUCCAAAGCCAUGUACGCGAGCCAACUGGCCAGCUGCGACAGCGUUGCCUCGAGAAAGCUGAGCCAUCUUCCCCACGUGACCAUCCCACACGACAACGAUGCUUUGGAUGCGACACUGUUGCUCAUCGACACGGCCGGGUGUGGCCUGGACGAAGAGAGUGACGAAGGCGGAGGAGGGGUGCAGACUCUGCUUGGAGCGUCCAAGUCGAACCCAGGGGAGGCGCAGGUGGUGGCGCAGCAUGUGACAGCGUUGCUCGCGACUGGCUUAAAGCCAUCCGAGGUGGCGGUGAUCACCCCAUACAACGGCCAAGUGGGUGUACUGCGGCGCCUGCUGCACCCGGUGCACCCGACGCUCGAGAUCCGAUCCGUGGACGGGUUCCAGGGGUGCGAGAAGGAGGCGGUGGUGAUGAGUCUGGUCCGAUCCAACUGUAAAAAUGCCGUGGGUUUCUUGGCCGACGACCGCCGCAUGAAUGUGGCCGUCACCAGAGCCAAGCGACAUGUGGCUUUGAUUGGAGAUACGGAUACGCUGGGCAACCACCCGUUUCUCAAGACACUGAUUGACCAUUUUGAACUACACGGCGAGUGUCAAAGUGCCCAAGAGUAUGCGGAUAUCACAGUCGAAGGCGACUGGGCGGAGGUAGAGACCCCGGUGGUAGCUACUACCAAGCCAGCGAAAGCCACUUCAAGCCAACCCAAACCACAAAAGAAGCAAGGUCAAACCGUAAAGAAAGGAGCAGGCAAGACAGUGCCCAUUCCACCAGAAAUAGUGCCAUUGAAGGAGGACCAGGAGGACUCUGUGGUUGAAGUGGAUGAGCAGAAGGUUAGCGUGGCCAUUCCGAGUGCAUUUGCGGCUCUGACCGACGCCGCCGAGUCGGACCAAUCCUCCUCAGCAUCUUCGGAAGAAGAAGAAACUGUAGUGAAGGAGAUGAACGCCACGUUGAAGGAGCUCCAUUUGGCCCGGUUGGCGCGCACCGUCCGUCCGCCGCCGCCGCCAAAAAAGACGUCUAAAAACAAAGCCAAGCCCGAAGUGUUGCUUGUAAAAGGGUACAAUGACCACGUACUUGUAGACGAGGACGAGUGGGGCUUCCUGGACCGGCAAGUGGCGUCGGCCAACUCGUGCGCGUUCGUCGCGUGCGGUCAAAAGACCCACGUCCACGGAUCCAUGUGCCGCUUCUGCAAGUACAAGUUCUGCUACGCCCAUGGACUGGCCGAGAUCCACGGGUGUGGAGCGGCCGUCCGCACGUUCGAGAGGGCCAAAGCCACCAAGAAACAGCCGCCGACCAACACGACCACCCGCCAAGCGAUGCAGAAGGCCCUCGACACCAAACUCACCAAGGCAUCUGACGACCGCAAAGCCAAGGCCAAGAAGAAGUAGAAGGGGUUGCCAUGCAGUAUUAGAGAGGUCUUGCACACUAAUGUACACGAAGUCAUACCGGUGUAGGCACAAAACCCCGAA